AUGGGCGACGGGUCAGAUUAUCCGAGUCCAAGAAGUGAAGGUCCCGGAGGUGUCGCGUCUAUUCUGGCUUCCGCUCAAGAUACCAUUUCUCCUCCACCCAAGAUGAAUGAACAGCCAUCGCCGGGUUUGAUUGACGGCACUCGUCCACGCCUCUCCGUCAGAAGGGCUCGAGAUCCGCCUAAGAAUACAGCAGGUCAGAUCUACUGUGAUCAUCCUGACUGCCAACACAGUCCACCAACUUUCCGUCGUCCUUGUGAAUGGAAUAAACACAUGGACAAGCAUGAUCGGCCGUAUAAGUGUAUGGAGCCUGGAUGCGACAAGAUCCAGGGGUUCACGUAUUCUGGUGGCCUCCUCAGGCACCAGCGCGAAGUCCAUAAGAAGAAUGCUAAUGCGAAGAAGCCCCUCAUGUGUCCCUAUGCGGACUGCAACCGCAGCACAGGAAAUGGGUUUACGAGACAGGAGAACCUGAAAGAGCACUUGCGACGUCGCCACAUGCAUACGGAUAGUGGUCCAGCUACCGAGUUGCCUGUGCAGACGCCGGAUGUAGAGAGCAUGCGAGCUUCAGUACUACCGAUUGCGCCAGUUCUGAAACGCAGGCGUGAUUCUAUGGAAGAUAACGCUGUUCUUUUCCAAGAGGAAGAUGGAAAUAGCGUCGACCUCAGGAAUGAACUGAAGCGACUCCGUCAGGAGGUCCAGGAGAAGGAUCGCCGGCUGGAGGAACUCGAAAGGAUCGUGGCCGGGCUACAGCAGGCUAUGCCACCGGCUGCGACUACGCAAGGCUGA